CGGACGCCGCGGGAGCGUGAGAGCUAGCUCUGAGCGCCGGGUGAAGGCGCAGAGAGGUCGGGCGGCCGGGCGGGCUGGCGGCCGGACGCGCGGCGGGGGCAGCGGCGCCGACUCCGUUCCACUCCGGGCCCGGAUCCAGGCCUCCGGGUUCCCAGGCGCUCGCCUCCCUCUGACGCACUUUAAAGAGUCUCCCCCCUUCCACCUCAGGGCGAGUAAUAGCGACCAAUCAUCAAGCCAUUUACCAGGCUUCGGAGGAAGCUGUUUAUGUGAUCCCAGCACUAAUUAGGCUCAUGAACUAACAAAUCGUUUGCACAACUUGUGAAGAAGCGAACACUUCCAUGGAUUGUCCUUGGACUUAGGGCGCCCUGCCCGCCUUUUGCAAAGGGGAGAAAACUUUUUUUUUUUUGCUUCCACAGAGAACCCCCCCCUCCUCCGGCCUCUAACUCCAACCCCCCCCACCAUCUCGCAGGAAAAAAAAAUUAUUACCCCAAUCCACGCCUGCAACUUCUUCGGGAAGAAUUUUUCCCCCCCUCUCUCCAGGUUGGGCGCGUUUGGUGCAAGAUUCUCGGGAUCAUCGGCUCGGCCUCUCUUCCCCCCUCCCCCUCCUUUCCUUUUUCCUUUCCUUUCUUUCUUCCUUUCCUCCCCCCCACCCCCACCCCAAACAAACGAGUCCCCAGUUCUCGUCGGUCCUCGCCGCGGGCAGCGGGCGGCGGAGGCAGCGCGCCACGGUCGCCGGGAGCUGGGAGCCCAGGGCGCCGGCUCCUCGGCGCAGCAUGUUCCAGCCGGCGCCCAAGCGCUGCUUCACCAUCGAGUCGCUGGUGGCCAAGGACAGUCCCCUGCCCGCCUCGCGCUCCGAGGACCCCAUCCGUCCCGCAGCGCUCAGCUACGCCAACUCCAGCCCCAUAAAUCCGUUCCUCAACGGCUUCCACUCGGCCGCCGCCGCCGCCGCCGCGGGCAGGGGCGUCUACUCCAACCCGGACUUGGUGUUCGCCGAGGCGGUCUCGCACCCGCCCAACCCCGCCGUGCCGGUGCACCCGGUGCCGCCGCCGCACGCCCUGGCCGCCCACCCGCUGCCCUCCUCGCACUCGCCACACCCCCUCUUCGCCUCGCAGCAGCGGGACCCGUCCACCUUCUACCCCUGGCUCAUCCACCGUUAUCGAUAUCUGGGUCAUCGCUUCCAAGGGAACGACUCAAGCCCGGAGAGUUUCCUUUUGCACAACGCGUUGGCCCGAAAGCCGAAGCGGAUCCGAACCGCCUUUUCGCCGUCCCAGCUUCUAAGGCUGGAGCACGCCUUCGAGAAGAAUCACUACGUGGUGGGCGCGGAAAGGAAGCAGCUGGCGCACAGCCUCAGCCUUACGGAAACUCAGGUAAAAGUAUGGUUUCAGAACCGGAGGACGAAAUUCAAAAGGCAGAAGCUAGAGGAAGAAGGCUCAGAUUCGCAACAGAAGAAAAAAGGGACACACCACAUUAAUCGAUGGAGAAUCGCCACCAAGCAGGCUAGUCCAGAAGAAAUAGACGUGACCUCAGACGAUUAAAAACACAAACCUAACCCCACAGAAAUGGACAACAUGGAGCAAAAGAGAGACAGGGAGAGGAGGGGAAGAAGGAAAAAAAAAAACCCUACAAAACCAAACCAAACCACAUACACAUUCACAGAGGGAGAGGGGAAUCAGAGCGUAAUGGAGCUCGAAGCAGACUUUGGACAGCAAGGGCACUGGACCCCACACUCGGGAUGACAGAGGACGGAGGCCCCUUCAUCAACAUGCUACCCUCGUCUGAAGAGGCAGCUGAGUGAGUGAAAGAAACAGAAAGGGAAGGAGAGAGAAGAGGGGAAGAAAAAAAUGAGAGAAAAAGAGAGAAUUCGUUCCUAGCAUGGCAAAGGCACAUUCUGACAAGGGGCGCUGUCAAAAGCCAAACCAGGGAGACAAGAUGAUUGGCAGGUAUUCCGUUUAUUGAAGUCCAUUUAAAAAAUGAUAAUAAUGAUGAUUAAAAAAAAAAAAACAACCAGGCACAGGACUUUUAAUUUUGCACUUCAAAGUGUUUUCCCCAAAUCUUUGAUUAGUAAUAACAUGCAAAAUUCCAUAUCUAACCCCAUCCCACACCUGUUUCAAAAACUUGAAUUGCAUGUAGCAGUUGUUGGGCGAAUGGUGUCUAAAAAGACAAAAUGAAUUGUAAUUUUAUUUUCCUUUUAAGACAGGUUCUGUGUGUUUUCUAAUUUUGAUUUUUUUCCGAGAAAUGUGCACUCUGUAAACACUUUUUGAUACCUUCUGAUGUCAAAGUGAUUGUGAAAGCUAAAUGAAGUAGACUCCGAGAUAGUGGUCCUCUUACAGAGAAACCUGGGAGCAGGACAGGGAUGGGCGUGGGGGAGGGUAUUCAUGAGAAGAAUCAGGACUUGUGCGGGGAGUUAAAAAAGAACAGAACACUAAAUUAAUUCUAUUUCUUGGACAUCUCAUUUCCCAACAUUCUGAGACUUAAAACCCCAAGUCAACUUCUCCUUUUAGUGGUUGGAGAAAUUGACUGAGUUCAACCACUCAAUGUAAUGACCAUUUCAAAACUUUAAAUCUGUCUAUCGCAAAAACCUAAGGAAGGACUGUAGUUAUUAUCAGGGGAUGGUGGUAGUGUGGCCAAGGACACGCGCCGAGUUUUCAAGCACUGAGUUUCUCUUCCAAGACCAUAAUAGACUUACUAAAGAGAGUGAUGAAUACUUCCUUAAUGUCUUCUAUACCAGAAUGUAAAUAUUUUUGUGUUUUGUGUUAAUUUGUUAGAAUUCUAACACACUAUAUACUUCCAAGAAGUAUGUCAAUGUCAAUAUUUUGUCAAUAAAGAUUUAUCAAUA